GCGGAGCGGCUUGGACCGUGGCGCCCAAGAAGCGGCCUGCGGCUGCAGCGCGGCGUGGCUCGGCCGCGCUGCGCCGCCCAGCCUCGCUGGCGCCGAGGGCGGUGCGAGGCCAGCGCAAGCCCGACGGCGCGCGCGGAGGCCGAGGCCGCCCCCGCGGCCACCCGCCGCCGCGCCCCGACGGCGGCGUCACCAAGCCGAAAGGCGGCGGGGGCGGAGGGGGCCGCGGAGGCAGCCGAGGCGGACGGCGGGGUUCAGCCUCACGGCUCCGCCAAUCUGCGCUGCGGCGCUCCCGCUCGGGUGGGUGGGUCGCGCAAGGGCGAGCGCCUCGCGCCUGGCGACCGAGCGGCUGCUGGCCUUGAUGACGACGACGACAUCGCAGCCGACUCGCGCCACGAAGCGGGCCGCCCAGCUGGUGAGUGGUACCAGGGCGAGACCUGGCCGACGGCUGCCACGUCGGGCCCGAGGAAGGGCCAGCCGCCGAUCAUCGAGGUCGAGAUGGACGGGCUGGCGACGUCCAAGGUGCUCGGACAGGCAGCGCAGGACGACGGCACGGUUCCCGACCCGAUGUACGGCGAGCCCCCGCCUCUGUGGGAGGCCGCCUGCAUGGGCGCGGAGAAGCCCGCCCAGCGGAGGGAGCUCGCCGUGGCGUUCGACGAUCCGGUGAGGACUCCAGUGCUGCACUUCUGCUCGGUGGCGGCUCAUGCCGACGAGUGCCGCCUGGGCGAGGACCUGGUCGACGCGCAGGUGCUGCACGUGGGUCGCUGGCGCUGCGCCGCGCUGCCGUUCCGCGGCUACGCAGGCGAGGAGCACGCGCGCGACCAGGAGGACCAGGCCAUCGCGGACGCCAGGCGUGUGCAGGGCAGGCCAGCGAAGCGGAGCUCGCCCCCUGGGCCACCCCCUGGUCAUCGGGGAGAGCGCGGGACGGGCGCCGAAGGCUCCAAGUCGGACGCCCGCCGCGAGGGGCCAGGAGGUGGCGCGUCGGCUCACGCCCGCGAUCGAGGGCUGAGCGCGCGGCUGGGUGAGCUGCGCGAGCGUGCUGCCCAGCGCGGCCGCCCCGCAGGCAAGAGCGGGAGGCUGCGGUCAGCGCCAGCGAGGAUCCGUUCCAACGGUCCCGAGGACGAGGGGGAGCGAGGAGCCCUGGUCGAGGCAAAGAGUGCUGAGAGGAGCCACUCGCCUCGCCGGGGGGAGGCCCGCGACAGAGCGCCCAGCGCACCUGCCGAGGGCCGCGCCAGCCUCAGCAGCAAGAUCCUGGACAAGGCCAAGUCGAGAGGCACCAGCUCUCAGCGCGCAUGCUCUGCAGGCGGAGGAGGAAGCUCUCGCGUCUCGCCUCCGCGCAAGGCGAAGCGCGAGAAGAAGAAGCGCCGCGAGGAGUCUGACGGCAGCGCGUCGAGUGAGGGGUCGUCGUCGAAGCGUUUCCGCGACGCCCGCCUCUCCGCGCGCGACAAGGCCAAGCGCCUUGUGGAGAGGAAGCCGGGCGUUAUCACGGAGCGCGCCUUGACGAAGAUGCGCAGCUACCUCAUCAGCAAGGGGCGCGCGUUCGAGGACGACACGGCGCCGUGCAUGCUGAACUACUUCACCAGCGUGUACCUGCCGAGCUGCCAGGGCAAGCUUCACGCUCGCAACGAGCUCGAGACGCGCACACUGGCAACAGCGGUCGACGCAGUUCUCGAAGCCGAUCUGGGGGCUGCCACGGACGUGCUGACCCAGCAGUGCAAGUCCAUCGAGCAGCUCCACGCCGACGGGGGCAAGUGGAAGGUGGCUCGGCAGGCCUUGGUGGUCGGCGACGGUCGCGUCAGCAUCACGGGCGAUCGCGAUCGCGAAGCCUUCCUCAGGGACGAGAAGAGGGACAUGCACUACCGCAAGCUGGAGGGCCAGGCGACGCGAGAGGCGGCGGAGACGGACCAAGCUCGGGCGCCUGGCUGCUCCACGCCAGCAGCCCAGCGCGGCGGCAAGGCGCGCCCUGGGCUUGAGGCCCUUCGAGGGCUGAUCGAUCCAGCCGAGCUGUCGGGCCUGGGACUGCCAGCCAUUGGCCCCCUCCUCGCCCGCCGCCCCCCCCUCAGGGCGUCGCCAGGGGUCGGUUGCAGCGCGGCAGCCUCGCACGGCCGCGGCCCCAUGCCGAUGGCUGUCGGGGGAGAGAGCGGGUGGGGCGAGGAGCACAGGCAGACUGCAGCUUACAGGCAGCUCGAGCGUGAGGGAGACGACGUGGGCCGCCACCGAGCCCACCCUGUCCCUGACGGGCUGGAGGUCUGGUUCGAGCUGGUGAUGCGAGCGCUUGACACCGCGUGGUCGGCACGGCGCUCUUGCUGGCCAGGCGACGCAUCCAGCGGAGUCAAGAGGAAAGGCGCGAAGCCGAGUGGCACCCAGGUCCAAAUGUUCUGGAACCUGGAGAGGACGGUCGAGUCUUUCCUGGCAGCAGGCCCGAAGCUGCCAGAGCAGACCGCCGCCACUUUCCUGACGUCCAGGCAGGUCACCUACAGCGGGGAGGCCGUCAGGACGGCAGAGGACCUCUCAUGGCCCCGAGUGCUGCCGAGCUUGCCGCCGCUUGCGCGAUGUGCAUCGCUGGACGUCGUGUCCCUGUGCGACACCAGGAUGCAGGAGUGGUUCAGUCGCCCCGAGCUCACGUUGGUGCCGCUGGAGUCAGUCAGCGAGAGACCACGUCCAGGCCGGGUGAUGCGUGAGCCGCCGUCGCGCAUUCCCCAGGGAGAGGUCUCCUCGAACGUGGGCUGGCGGUGCCGCUUCGAGAGCAGGCUCAUCAUGAAUUUGACGGCGACCAACUCCCUCACGGUCGACUUCGGGGGGGACAUUGCGGCGCUCCCCUACUUCGCACAGUGGCGCUCGCUCAUCAUCGGCCCAGGUGAGGAGCUCACGUGGUCUUUCGACGACCUCCAGGGCGCCUUCUACCUGUUCAGGCUCCCAAAGUGCUGGGCGCCGCUGUUCGCGUUCGACGUCAAGUUCACGCCUCAGGAGCUCGGGCUGCAGGGGCACUGGCCGAGCAGCGUCUACCUCGGGGCGGUCAUGAUGCCCAUGGGGUACAAGAACGCGAUGGGGCUCGUCCAGUACCUGCACCGCCGCAUGCUGGUGCAGGGCCUGCAGUCUCCCCACGGCCUUCCGCAGGCGAGGGAGAUCCGCAAGGACCGCGGAGUGCCAGCCUUGCGAGUUGGGGGAGGCACGUGCGAUGUCUGGCAGGUGCAUUGCGAUGGCGCCGACUACGCGGAGAAGGCGGCUCGUGCCAAGUACCGCGCCCUCGAUGUUCCUCUCAGCGAGGAGAACGGCACCAUAGUCAGCCACUGCCAGCGCCUGGGGCUGGCAGUGCAGUUGACGCUGCACCUUCUGUGCUCCAAGGUCAGCAGGAAGGACGUGCAGGUGGUGGCAGGGCACUGGUGCCACCUCGACUGCUUCCGUCGGGAGUGCUCCUGCGUCUUCACGCGCGUCUGGAAGCUGAUCAACGCCUGGACGGGGCCGCCUCGGCAGUAUCUGUCUCCAGCUGUGAGUGCGGAGUUAUUCCUGGCGCUCUGCCUCCUCCCGUUGUAUCAGUUCGAUCUGGGAUGCCCAGUCUCCCCGAUGGUCACCUGCAGUGACGCCUCGGAGACCAGUGGGGGCGCGUGCUGGAGCGACAAGGUCUGCCGAGACGAGGUCGGACUGGUGGAGCUCUUCAGCGGCAUCGGGGGCGGCAGGAUGGCCUUCGACCGCUUGGGGACUGAGGUCGCCGCCCACGCCACCGCAGAGCUGCUGCCCGAGGCUCGGCGCGUCAGCCAUCAGCAGUGGCCGUCAGCGAUAGAGCUCGGAGACGUGACCAAGAUAACGCUGAAGACCAUCAAGGCCGUGAUGUCGACGGCGCCCCAGCUGCGCGUCGUGUUCGUGCUAGGGGGACCCCCGUGCCAGGGAGUCGCUCGCAUCAACGCCUUUGGGCAGGGUUGGGCCGAGGACCGCGCACGAUUGGUGCAAGAGCUACCUCGCGUAGCAGGCCUUGUGCGAGCCGCCCUCCCCGAUGUCCAGGCAUUCACCCUGGGCGAGAACGUCAGCUCGAUGACGGCCGCCGACAGGGGAAGAUUCAGCCAGGUCAUGGGAGUCGUGCCCGUGGAGCUCUGUGCCAGCGGGUGCAGUCCGGUCAAGCGGCCGAGGCUCCACGGGGUCGACUGGCCGCUCGGGCCCGAGACCUCCGACUUCCAGCACCAGCAGAAGGACGAGGUUAUCGAGGCAGUGCUCACUGGCAGCUGGCCGAGUUGGGCAGAGCAGCUGGAGCAGGGUGCGCGCCGUCCGCGGGGAGAGAAGGGAGCUUGGGCCACUUUUGUGCGCCCCAUCCCUCGCGAGAGGCCGCCACCUUCCCCAGCGGGGCUGGGGGUGACCGACCAGGCUGCGCGCGAGCGCUGGGCGGCGGACAAGCACCGCUACCCACCGUACCAGCACCGCAGGGACAACCUGGUCGAGGCAUCCGCCGCUUCGGCGAGGACUUGGGAGUCGGGCGCCAAGCACAAGCUUCGACCUCUGACCAGCAGAGAGCGGGCUGUGCGCCGAGGGUUUCCCUGGAACCAUUGCAGCUGGGCCGUGCCCAAGUCCGAGUCGGGGUCGAUCCACGAGGACGUCAAGUGCUCGCUGCUGGGUAACUCCUUCUCAGUCCCGGUGGUGGCCUUCCUGCUUGGAAGAGGUCUGGUGGCCGCUGGAGUCUUGAGCGAGCCACCAACUGUCGCCGAGUGCUGGGGAGACCCAGGUGGGGAGGGAAGCCUCUACCUGGAGUUGCUGCUGGACGCGCCUGCCGCCGAGGCGACCCCCGAUCAAGUGCACCGCGCCCUUUGCGAGUCACUUGUGCGGAACGCCAUCUUCAAGGGCAGCGAUGUGCGCGCCGCGACGGGAGGCCUGUGGAAGCCUGCGGGUUGGCCAAGGAGAGGCGUUGAUGCAGACCGCUGGCUCUGGCGCACUUGCCUGAGCUUCAAGCAGGGAGGCGCGCACAUCGACGUCUUGGAGCUGCAAGCCCUCUUGACCGCCGUGUCUCGGCGCAUGAGGAGCCGUGCGAACAUACGCACGAGGUUUAUUCAUUUCUGUGGUUCUCAGGUUUCCAUAGCAGUGGCCUGCAAGGGUAGGUCGCACUCCCGCCAGCUUCAGUCCAUCCUCAUGCGCUGGAACGCGCUCCUGCUAGCCACGUCCAGCCACCCAUUUUGGGUCUUUGUUCGGUCGGAGCUCAAUCUGGCCGACGCUCCGAGCAGGCGCCCAGCUGGCACCCAGCUGCGCCCCCGCGGCACGGGCGGCUUCCGCCGUGCCUUCGGGAGACUGGUCCAGUGCAUUGGGGCCGACCCUGAUUGGUACAAGCCGCACCAGCCCACGGCUCGCAUUUGCAUCCAGGAUGGCGUGGCCACGCUGGAGCGCCACGGCCUCAGCGCGAAG